AUGGCUGCGAGUGCGUCUAUCAGCCACUCGCUCACUCCCACUGAUUUGGAUCAGAAUGUCCCUCAAGAUUAUUCAACUCAUGAGAACCACCCGCCAACAUCCCAACUUAUCAAAGUCAAAUCAAUUGGAACUGCCAAUAUUUUAAAGAAGGAUAAAAGGCAAAGCUUCCCAAAAGUUAGUUUUGGCAAGGAUCGUGAUCUCGCCCGCCUACCACUCAUUAAAGAUGCUGACAUAGAAGAUCGUGAAAAUCUUUUCAUACAAAAGAUUCGUCAGUGCUGCGUAGUAUUCGAUUUCCUACCGGAUCCUCUAAGUGAUUUAAAGGGCAAGGACGUAAAACGUGCCGCAUUGGACGAGAUUAUAGAUUACCUUAUGCAUCCUCCCGCCACUCCUGUCUCAGACUCUCUUUCUUCAAAUGCUCGAAAUUCCUUGACAAAUAGCCAGCAGAACCAUGGGCAGCCACAGCUGCAACAACAAACGCAGAUUUCGCAACAGCCCCAAACAAAUAUCACUUAUUCAGUCUUAACGGAAGCCAUAUAUCCAGAAAUUGUUCAACUCGUGGAAGCCAAUCUUUUUCGGACACUUCCGCCUCCAAGCAAUCCGUCUGGCUUAGAGUUUGAUCCAGAAGAAGAUGAACCAGCUUUGGAAGCAGCUUGGCCGCAUAUUCAGGUAAUAUUUUGUCGAUAA